CGCGAAAAGAGGGCGCUUCAGUCCGUCCGGCUUCUCUGCGCGUCCGUUGAGGAGUUUGGUCCUUGGCUUUGUCGUCUCGCACGUGUUUAUUUUAUCACAUUGCGGUGUACAGUUCACUGGAAACAAAGGAAAGCAUGGAUUCUCAAGGUGCAGACAUGUUCACGUUGAGUAGCCUGCUGCAAGCUGCUGAUACAGGAUCUGCAGCGAAUCAGAAAACUCCGAUUAGUGUUCUGCAGGAACUGUGUGCACGCAGUUGCCUCACCCCAGAGUACAAGCUCCUCUCCGUAGAGGGAGCUGUCCAUGCUCCUACAUUUAUGUACAGAGUGCAGGUUGGAGACGCGGUGGCUAAUGCCACGGGCCAGAGCAAGAAGAAGGCGAAACAUGCUGCAGCCAGGGCCCUGCUGGAAAAGCUGCUGGCAGACGACGGACCGUUCAGCAAAUUCAGGGCAUCUGUUUUGGAGGGCCUGCCUGCCAUGGAUGCAGCAGACCCUGUCAAGGGCUCCCCAGACGCAUCAAAAAACGUUGCUUCGACCGAGGAAGACGGUAUACCCGGCAACCCUGUGGGAGAGCUCCAGGAGCGUUGCAUGAAAGAGCGCUGGCGUCCCCCUUAUUAUGAAACUGUUGCAGAAGAGGGCUUGCCUCAUGAGCGUACUUUUGCGAUAUCGUGUCUCGUGAAUAACUUCAAUGAAAUUGGCAUGGGCAAAUCAAAGCGUUUGGCUAAGCGUCAGGCUGCCCACAAGAUGAUCCAGCUCCUCGAUACCAUUCACAAUGGAGAACUCAAUGGUGAUGAUCAGCCCGAGAAGGUCGGCAAUGACACGUCCCUUGCUGGUGGAGGUGGCUUGCUGCGGGAGGCCAAGUGUUACAUGGGACUCAAGGAGCAGAACAUCAACACCCUGACACCACGACACAGCCAGCAGGUAGGACAAUGGCUCCGUCAGCUGCAGAAUUCAGACGGCGUAGUCCUGCGUUCCCUCCAGGUGCAGCAGCCACUGACAACUGCAGGGAUGGACUACGUGGGACUCCUCAAGGAAAUAUCGGAGGAGCAAACUUUUGAGGUUACUUAUGUUCCCCUCGAAGAACUAAGCACUGAGGGGAAGCACUGCUGUUUGGUGCAGCUGACUGCAAUGCCCUUAGCAGUGUGCCUCGGUGAGGGCCCCAACCCUGAGCGAGCCAAGCAGUACGCUGCUCGGGCAGCCUUGGAGUACCUCAAGAUAAUGACCAAAAAGUGAGCAGGGCAAGGUACCUCGCCCACCAGUAUGCUGGACAACUGGAUUGAACAGAGGAGUUCUGCACUGCAGGAAACCCUAGCAUUUUGAUGUUCAAGGUACCUCAUUCUAAACACUACCCCCUUCUCUAGUCAGAAGGCAGAAUAUGAGGCCUCGGCUGUUCCUUCCCCUGGGUUCACCCUUGACCUUGAUCUGACCUGCACUUUCCUCCAAAGGAGGAGACACCAACUAAGACCAACCUUUUUAUUUAUUCAGCCUAACUGCGCAAUGGUGGGCAGCUAACGGCCUGACCUUCCUGUUUUAGGUCCGGCCAUGAAAUGCAAAGAUAUGCCGCCUUUGUCUUUCAUUUUGAGCCAUUUACAAAGCAUAAUUAUACUAUAUACCUCCGUCAUUCUAAUUCCAUUUGUAUGUCUCCACCGAAAGCAUUUGUAGUCACCCAGUAAUCGAGCACAGGUUGAAAUAUAUCGCAUUCUCCUUGUAUAUUGGGCCCUUGUGUUUUUGGGUUGUACGUUUUUUUCAAGAUCAGGUUUUUAUUUCGGGAGCCGUAAAAUGGGGCAGAAUUGGGUGAUGUGUUGUGAAACAACAGAUUUCGGGGUGGAAAAUGUAAAAACGAGAAAAAGUGCGAAGUAAGAAAAACUGCGAAGUAUUUAGCAUUCUCCAGUGCCUGUGCGGGACGCAUAAUCUGCAGCUCAGCGAGUUAGGUUCUCAGGGCGGGUUUUGGGUGUUACCUAAAGCACAAGGCUCUCUGCAUAUUAAGUUAAAACGAACGGCAAGACUAAUACAUCCCGUCGAAUCUUCCAAGUUAAGCUUUUCUCAUGCAUAUAUAACGUUCCUCAGUGCCAUAAUUCCGCUUACAUGUACUCGGCCUCCUGACCGUCUAGCAUUAUUCUCUCGCGUACGCCUGCCGUUAUUCUUUGACGUCACUAAUCUACGGAAAGGGCAACUAGUGUACAACUUUUGUGAAUACAGCGGGUAAAUAAGUAAAAAUGCUGGUUUGAGUUGGCGCCUUUCCCACUGAGCGGCCUGCCUCUGCGUUUGUUCCUAAAAAAUUUGGGCAUUGUUCUUUUUUUUAUUUUUUAUGUGAGGUUUUGUUUACUCCUAGACAUACGCACAGUAGUAUACCCUUCUUUCUGAAGUCCUAUUCAUGCGACUGAUCAUUGUAGACGUGUUAUGUAGUACCAGCCAUGAGUUCCCAAGCACUGAACAAUACGUAGAGCAAAAAAAAAUAGACAACCUUCCACGGUGCUAUUGAAUUUGGUACAGUGCUGGACAAAAGGUUACGGAACACGCCCCGGCACAUUCCUUCCUCGGAGUGACACGCUAGCAGUGUGCGACACCGUACGGACUUGCAAACAGCUGGCUGAGUUAUCUAUGCACAUGUCUGUAAGUUCGUACAGUGCUAUACAAUCCCAUAUGGCCUGUACGGUCCCGUACAGUCCCAUAUGACCCUACGGUGCCCUAGCGGGGCACUCUGAGGAAGGAAUGCGCCGGGUCUUGCAAACAGCUGGCCGGGUUACCUAGGCACAUGUCUGUAAGUCCGUACGGUGCCGUACAAUCCCAUAUGACCCGUACGGUGCCCUAGCGUAUCACUCUGAGGAAGGAACGCGCCGGGACGUGUUCCGUUAACUUUUGUCCAGCACUGUACAUUGCUUUUUAUAUAUAUAUGGGAUUACUUCAGGGGCCAUACUAGAGGAAAUAACCCGUUAAUAGUACUCUUACGGUAAUUAUAGUAUGCAGUUUCACUGCAGUUUCAAAAGUAUGUGCGGAUGACAACGUGCAAGCGUUUGGUCAUUCUGUUCUGACCUGGCCUUCAGCUCUCGCUUUCUUGAGUAGUUAUAGUAACCUAAUACAGAAACUUGACGUUGGUCACACACGUGGGGGAAUCCGUACGGCGUUACUGCAUUUUGUUCAUUGUGAUUCGCACGUUGUACGGUGACCCUGCGCUUUUAAUUUCAGUAAUCAGUGUGUCUGGGAACUUACAAGCGGUACUCGAACCGUAAAGCCAUUGCACAAUUUGCAUAAUAUGGCUGUGCAGCCGUAUCGAUAUGAGCACAAGUGCUGCUGAAGUUCAAACUUUAAUGUGUGUGUGUGCCAUGGGGCUCAGCUAUGAGCGUGUAUUUACCGGAGGCUAGGGCCACUCUUGCAUGUUGUAACGGUGAGAUAAAGAGCAACGGAGACAAAAUUUGCGCUACCAGUGAACUUAGGAGGGGGAACAGCCAGCUAGCAGGAUUGUACUCGCAUUCCAAAGCAGCAGGAUUGAGUACUGCCGAUUGUUUGUCCAGGACAUGCGGAAAGGCUGCGUUCUUGUCAUCGCUUUUCUGUAAUGAACAGUGUCCGUCACUUCGGCUAGUACAGUGAGUGAUGACUAGUGUUUUAGUUGUAGUUGCGCUGCUUUACCGAGCAGAUUGUAGUUUUUUCUUGUCUGUGUGACAGUAAAAUUUCCAACGGCUAUGCUGGAACUGCAGUGAAUCGUUGGAAAGAUUUUUCAGUGC